GAGAUCUCUGACAUACUGGGUUGCAUGCUGCUACUGAGAAGUAUAGACGAACAAGGGGAAGAUCAAGGUGCUGUUUGAGACCUUUCAAAAUCAGUGCAGACUUCUGUUAUUUACAGAUUUCACAAAAUGAGGCAAAGUUCUGCAUUUUUCUUCAUUCUGAACUGUUGUGUCCUCAUAACCCUGACCGAUGGAUUUUCUUUCAGUAACUGCACGAUUUAUUUCCCUUUCGAAUACUCUGGCCAUCUGAAGGUGCUGUGCAACAGGAUGGGCUACUGGAAAAUACCUUCACCGUUACCACGCAACAUUGUCAAUCUGGACAUUUCCUACAAUUACAUCUAUCAGAUCGCUGAAGGGGACUUCAACAGGCUUUCAAAUCUGAUCAUUCUAAACAUAUCUCACAACAGGAUAUCUGAAAUACACGCCAACGCACUGAGUGACCUACCAAACCUGGAAGAGCUCAACCUGUCCCACAAUAAAAUCAAAACCGUAACCACAAAAAUGCUCGACGGUCUUGCAAGUCUCUCCCAGUUAAGACUCGACUUCAACAACCUAGAGAUGAUUGAAAACCAGACCUUUGCGACACUUUCGAAUUUGAGGCUUGUGAACCUUACCAAUAACAUGUUAAAGGACAUUUCCAAACUCCAUCCUCUUCUUCAAGUACCACAUCUGGAGAACCUUUACUUGGGAAACAAUCACUUUAGAGUUUUCAACUCAAGCGACAUCCCGUCAGCAUUCGUCGGUUUGAAAAAGUUGGAUCUGUCGGUGAAUCCCUUGACAGUGUUCCGGAUGAUGGAAAACAUCUUUCCUGCUCUUGAGUACUUGGACUUGUCAACCUGUUUCCAGACCAAUACAUUCGAUUGGUUUAUUCUAGACAAGGCGUUUCUGAAGACAGUUAAAAUUCUCAACUUCAGUAGGAAUCACGUUGAUGAGAAACAGCUGGGUUAUAUAAUGCAGAGUUUCCCGUCUGUGUCCUGGAUGGCGCUGGAUGGUCUACAGGGGUUCAAAGUGGAGAUGCUUUUACAGAAGGCAUGUUUUCCUAGUCUGAGGGGUCUCCACUUGGAGGAUAACCAACUUUCCUUACUCACCGAUCGCAUUUUUAAACCAUGCGUGCAUUUGAAUGAGUUGCACCUAAGAAACAACGGAGUACUGAAAAUGUACAAAUCGUCAUUCAAACAUCUAGUCAACUUGACGGAGUUACGAAUACAAAAGAACCUUCUGACGCAACUGAAUGAAACUCUUCAGGUUCUCCCCAACUUACGGGUCCUCGACCUUCAUCUCAACAACAUUGAAAAUCUUGCCUGCUCUGAUUUUGCCAAUCUGACGCAGUUGCGACAACUCUAUUUGCACAGAAACCGAAUUGUGACAAUCGAGUCGUGUGUAUUUAAGGAUUUAGAAACUCUCGAAGAGCUCAUUAUGAACAGCAAUCAAAUACUAACGGUCACUGGCACCUUUAAACUAGGCCCCCGGAACUUACGAUACCUGUACUUAACGAACAAUAAGUUGAGUGCCAUCCAAAAUGACACUUUUAAAGCUUUGGAUUCCCUUCAGAUGUUGCAUCUCUCAGAUAACCAGAUAUUUAUUAUCGAACCACAUGCGUUUGCAGGACUGAUCAAUUUAGCAGAAAUGUACCUUUCAUCUAACAAGAUCACAGGAAGAACUCUAAGCAACCAUCUUGUGUUCGCUGGUACACCUAACCUACAAAAAUUAGAACUGAGUUGCAACUACUUUGCAUACGAGAGUCAACAGGCCCUACAAAGUCCACCAUUCGUCCUGUUAAGUGAACUGAGAACUUUGCAGAUUAAUAGCCAACGUCGAGGCUUAAACUACAUCCCCUCGAACUUCCUGAAUGGUCUCAAAAACUUGCAAGUCUUUUAUGCUGGGAAUCUUAAUAUAGAGAAUUUACAUGUGGACACAUUUAUUCACACUCCCAAUCUUACGUACUUGGAUUUGACAGCUAAUAAUCUUGCGAACAGGAAUGCCUUGACAUCCAGGCUUUUCGGGCCAAUAUCAGGCCUAAAUAAGAUUACGUUGGGUCGGACUCACCUUAAGUCUUUGGACUUCUUAGUCGACGCAAACCUCUCCAGUUUGACGGUCCUACGAGCCAGUACGAAUGACCUUCAAUUUAUAAACAAAACCAUCAUCCAGUCGCUUCCUCAACUCAAAGUGCUUGACUUGCAAAACAACAGCUUCACGUGCGACUGUAGUAACGCUUGGUUCAUCGACUGGGCUGUCAAGAACAAUAAGACGCAGGUGCUUUACCUGAACAAGUACGAAUGUCGCUAUCCCCUCUCUUUAAGCGGAAAGAGUCUGGCGGCCUUCAACACUGAAUCCUGCAAUGUGAAUUACGACUUCAUAUGCUUCAUCUACAGUUCUUCCAUCGUCAUUCUCACUCUACUCAUUUCAUUUGUCUACCACUUUCUAAAAUGGCAGCUGGUCUACGCGUACUACCUCUUCUUAGCUUUCCUCAAUGACAAGAAGAGGAAGCAAACCCCAAAUCUGGAUUUUCAAUAUGACGCUUUCAUUUCGUACAAUGCUCAAGAGGAGCCAUGGGUCCUGGAGGAACUUGUGCCCAAACUGGAGGAUCAGCACGGCUUGAGAUUGUGCCUUCAUCAUCGAGACUUCCAGCCAGGAAAAGCCAUUAUCGACAACAUCGUGGACGCAAUAUACAACAGCCGCAAAACCAUCUGCCUGAUCACGCACAACUACCUGAAGAGCGUCUGGUGUUCGCAUGAGAUCCAGGUGGCCAGCUUCAGACUUUUUGAUGAGCAGAAAGACAUUUUGGUUCUAGUUUUUCUUGAGGAUAUUCCCGCGCACCAGCUUUCGCCGUAUUACCGAAUGCGGAAGCUGGUGAAGAAACGGACGUAUCUACGUCGCCCCAAACCUGGAGAAGAUACUCGAGCAUUCUGGCAGAAACUUAAAAUGGCCAUCGAGACUAAAGAGAACAUGGAGGACAGAAAGAUUCUUUCUGGAAAAGACGAAGAUGAUCAUAUUUAAAGAUCAAUGCAGCCUGUUUGUAUUAGAGCUGCAAAAUGAUGAAUUGAUUCAAAAUAAAAGUUUAUGUAUAUGUGUGUGCGUACUAUAUUUUAUUUUAUAAUAUUUAUA